UGCUGGAUAGAGACAUGCACGUGUAACAAGGCAGUGCUGAUUUCUCAUGAUGUCCAUCUGCUUUUUCUUCAGGGGCUAUCAUAAUCUGGAGCGAUAUAAACUCAUCCCUUUUUUGGUUAUUCUCCCCCGAUCUCUUUAGCCUAUGGAAUUGUGUUCUUCUUCCACCCAUCCUAGAGAGAUAUAUAUUUGAGAUAAACUUCCCUAGGGGUACAUUAGUAGCUCACCAUGGAGGAUCCUGCAAGCAGACUGUAUAGAAAAACACGCAUAGUAUGCGUAUCGGAUACUCAUGGGUAUACACCAUCGGAAGCUGGAUUCAAACUACCAAAGGGUGACGUUUUUAUUCAUGCUGGUGACCUCACGAAUCACGGCAGCAUGACUGAAUUGCGGAGGACCAUCGACUGGAUUAGCAAGGCAGAUUAUGAGGUGAAGAUUAUAGUUGCAGGUAACCACGAUAUCACAUUAGAUCCGGAGUUUUAUACGCAACAUGGUCCUAAAUUCCAUAAGCAGAACCUGGAGGAUCCUGAAAAGUGUAUCGAGCUUAUCACGAAAACGUCUACGCCGAUUGUUUUCCUUCGUCAUGCUUCCACUACUAUUCGGUUGACGAAGCCAGAAGGACCCAGAACGACGUUCACCGUUUUUGGGUCACCCUAUUCGAGAUUCAAAGGAGACUGGGCAUUCGGGUAUGAGCCCGAGGACGCAUACAAACUGUGGCAACAGAUUCCAAUUGCUACAGACAUAGUUGUGACGCAUGUGCCGCCCAAUCUACCAAAUAGUCCUCACAAGGAACGCGUUGCAGUUGGUUGCGAAGGACUCUAUAAGGCAUUGAAAAAGCUCAAACCAAUGCUGGUAGUAUGCGGACAUGUACACGAAGGUCGUGGUUACCACAGGAUUCGAUGGGAGAGCUCCCCGUCCGACAAUGGAUUCAACAAAGAAGAGGUGAUGACUGGCGACCUGCCUCCCAUGGGGAGCAAAAAACAGUCUCUUGUUGACCUGACAGGAAAGAAGCAAAGACGGCUUGACAACUUCAGUAUUCAGAGCUAUGCGGAUCCAGGCCUGGAGCAGACGUAUACACCACAACCUGGACACGAUUGCUCCGGUAUAAGAAAUGCUUCAUCAACUCUGCAAAUUGGUCGAUCAGACAAGGACCCUAUGCCCCUGGUGGAAUCCGAGGAAAGGCCAAAGAGAAGAGAGACGUGUGUUGUCAACGCUGCUAUUGUAGCUACCAGUUGGCCGCAUAAAGAAGGAAAGAGGUUUCAUGCUCCAAUCAUUGUCGACCUAGAUCUACCAGCCUGGGACUAUCACAUAGCGACAGGAGCCAAUACAGCAACUACUGCUGGGCGGUGAUGAGGAAACGGUAUCCGUGAAUCGAUCAAUAAUCUCAUCAAGUCAUCAUUGGGUACCCAUAUGCCGGUUGCAUCUGGCAGCCAUAGUGUCGGGGCGUAAAUACAUGAGCUCUAUUACUCGUUGCAAGGUAUGAUUGGCUCUCAUCAUGCACAAGUGCCUUGGUCGCCUUUCCCGUUAGUGCGUGCAUAAUCCUUCAUCGACGAGCGCUCCAUUUCAGCGUAAUAUGGCCGCCGCUUGAAACGCGAGAAUAUUCCCAUCUGAUACGACUAGCAACGUGGCCUAUGAUCUUCUUGAGCACCGCGACAAAAACUUUCGAAAGUCGCGGAAUCGCAUCGUGAUCGGACAGACGACUGGUCGCAUAUCCGUACGAGUCCACGACCCAUAG